UCCAACAACAACUUCUUAACGAAGGAGUUAAGUCAGUGAAUGUGGCAUUUUAAAUUCAGUUUCAUAAGACAACACAAACACAGUGAAGUGAAGUGUUGACAAAAACCAAUGGAGAUUGUAGGAAUGGGUUUUCGUCCCACAGAUGAAGAACUUGUCGACUUUUACCUCAAACACAAGUUGCUCGAUGAUCAUCCCCUUGUCCAUGUCUUGACUGACAUAGAUCUUUCCGAUGUGGAUCCUAGGGAAAUACCAGAGAUGUUAGCAAAAUCAGUAAUACCAUUCAAAGACUCAAAAUGGUUUUUCUUCAGUCCUGUUAAUUUGAAGUACUCAAAUAGUAAAAGGUUUAAAAGGACAACGAAGAGUGGGUUCUGGAAACCAACGGGAAAACCCCGUGAUGUUAGAACAGGGGACACCAACACUGUCAUUGGGACCAAGAAGACUCUUGUUUUCCAGAGUGGUCAUGUUUCCAAAGGUGUCACUGUCAAUUCCAAAUGGGUUAUUCACGAAUAUCAGGCUCUUAACUUUCUCCAGAACCAGGAUGCUUUUGUGCUAUGCUGCUUGAUAAAGAAACAUGGGAAAACGACCGAAGAAGGAACUGCUGCACUGAUCUGUGAUGAAGAGGAAUCCAGUAGCAGCGUGGUUUCUGACUAUGAAAAUCAGGCAAUAGCAGAAGGAGUUCCAUCUGGAGGUACUUUUACCGGAAUGGAAACAAUCUGUCAGGCAACACAUCAAACGGAAAAACGCAUCUCCCCAAUCGAACAGUUACUAAUUGAAUUUGAGAAGGAUGACGAUGCCUAUUUUAGAAAUGAAAAAAACAUUAGUCAGAUUCUUUCUGAAACUAUGAAGCUUCUUUCUGAAACUAUGCAGAUCCCUUGUGAAACUAUGCAGAUCCCUUGUGAAACUGGACAGAUCCCUUGUGAAACUCGACAGAUCCCUUGUGAAACUGGGCAGAUCCCUUGUGAAACUCGACAGAUUCCUUGUGAAACUAGACAGAGCCCUUGUGAAACUAGGCAGAUCCCUUGUGAAACUAUGCAGACUCAUGGUGAAACUUUGCAGACUCCUUGUGAAACUACACAAAACUCUUUUGAAAUUAUGCAGACUCCUCUUGAAACUAUGCAGACCCCAUUAGAUCCUAAGCAAAUUCCUUUUGAAACUACACAAAUUCUACUUGAAUCCUGGAAUUCAUUAUUAGCUGAUGAAAAUUUAGUCACUCAAUCAAAGUCAUUGAAAAGAGCAUAUUGCGAAAGCUCUUAUAUAGAUGCAGAAAUCGUCCCUAAACUGGACGAUAGUAUUGAAGAUAGUUCAACUAUGUGUACUGAAUAUCUUAAUUCAGAUGAAUACCAUUCAUCAAAAAGGUUUAAAACAUCAUAUGAUGUUGUAGAUGGUGACACACAUCUUCUAUUUUCCAACCAAGAAGCAAGUCAGAAACAAGAAAGUAUAUUUCAAGACGAUUUUUGGGGAGUGGAGACAUCCUCAUGUGACUCUACAGUAUAUAAUCCUGUUGAGAACAAUUGGAAUGAAAUAUCUAGUUUUCCUUGCACUUAAAGGUCAUGGGAAGAUGAGUAUCAUCUAAGACCGAACAACUUCAUAUGGUCCGAACUAAGAACUUCGUACCAUUAUUGGAUUAGUGGAUAAGAGUAUAUGCUAUUAAAAAUAACUUACUCUAAAAUAGCCAAUUUAUUAGAAAUUGCAUAAUGACAAUUAUGCAUUAUAAUUCAAAAGUAUGUAUAAUAGGAAAUGUAUUAGAAAGUAUUAUAAACGGCAUGAUGAAGUCGUGUGUAUAUUUAAGAUAGAUUGUGUACUAGGAUGUUUGUAUGGUUAUUUGUAGUUUCUGGACAGAGUACUUUUUUGUAGUGAACUUGUGUCUCUAGGAUACCAAGUGUAUUGCUGAAUCAGUUUAUUUUCUUUGAUUUUAGUAUUUAAUAAUAUAUUUUAUCAGCUUUUGGAAUGCA